AUGUUUUAUUCAUUGCUUGCCACCUUUUUUGUGCUGGGUGCCUUGCCAGCUAGUCACCAACUUGCCACGAAUAAGUACUGUGAAGCGGAUUACUGUGAACCGGGGCUGACGAAUGUGGGCUGUAGGCCAGCACUUGUUCAAGGUGGGCCCGCAUGCAGUGGAAAGCAAGCAUCUAAUGUGAACCUAACCCUGCAGGGAGAAACGAUUAUUCUACACGAGCAUAACAAGUUGCGUUCGCUGCUAGCCAGCGGACAGUUGGGAUCGUUUGCUUCUGCCUCCCGUAUGCCACAACUGGUGUGGGAUAUCGAGCUUGCCAACCAGGCAGCACACAAUGUGCGUUCCUGUCUCUUCCACCACGACGAGUGCCGAAAUACGGAGCAAUUCCGGUUCGUGGGACAAAACAUCGCAUAUUAUCGUUAUAGUGGCGCACGUAAGGGCAUCAGGGAGCUGGUGGUGAAGGAAAUUAACCAAUGGUGGAGUGAGCACAAGGCAACGAAACAGCAACAAUUGGAUGAAUUCCCUUCCGAAGAACCGGAACCCCCAAUCGGCCACUUCACGCAGAUGGUUAGUGAUCGUACGUGGAAGGUCGGAUGCUCCGCACAACAGUGGCUCGAAGUGGACGACAAUGUGUUUUACUUCUUGUGCAACUACUCGUUUAGCAACAUGGUUGGCCAGCCGGUGUAUGUGAAGGGUGCGCCAGCCUCUGGAUGCACUACCGGCGACGUUAGACAAUAUCCCGGGUUGUGUUCGAAACACGAACGCAUUUACUCGACACCGACAGCAAUUUCGAAUUGA